UACCCCCCGCCCCCCCACUUCGCAGCAGUCAAAAGAGAGUUGAAACGAUGGCUGCUUAGAAGUGGCUCUCGACUGCAACUCGUUUGCGCUUUGGUUGUUUUUUUUUUGUUUGUUUUGGUUUGAUUUUUCUUCUUCUGCGGAUAUAUCGUCGAAAAGAACCGGACAGAGUGGGUCGUAAGUGAAAAGGACAGAUCUCAGUGCUAACAAAUUUUCCCGAGUUUGAGAUCCAGUAGAGAACUGGUACUCUCUGGAGAGGACCCUACCUUCCCCCAACCCCCUCCUCCCUCCCUCAUAGGGGCCAUGGGUGAAGAGGAGCAGCCUAGUCCGGAGGCUGGGAGUCCGGAUGUGGAAAAGGAACAUCUGCAGGUCCCGUUCCCGGUGCUGCACGGCGAGCGCGUGGAGUACGUGGAGACGACUGAGGAGGUUGUCAUCGCUUUGUCUAGCUACCGCCUUCACAUCAAGUUUAAAGACAACAUCGUAAAUGUCCCUCUGCAGCUGAUAGAGAGUGUGGAAUGUCGGGAAUUGACUCAGCUUCACCUCGUCUGUAAGGACUGCAAGGUUAUCAGGUGUGAUUUCAGCUCAUCGGAGCAGACUCAAGACUGGCUGCGGCGGCUCACUGCGGCUCUCCGCCCUCCCACUCGACUCGACGAGCUCUUCGCCUUCGCAUUCCACACCUGCAGUGCCAGCGUACCGGCUGAACGAGACCUGCAUUAUGAGAUUUGCCACGCUGGUACAGGAGAACACGUGAAGAACCGAUUUAGGUACGAAGUGUGCAGGAUGGGCUUCGACACCCACAGUGCCUGGAGAAUCUCUGAAAUCAACAACAAUUACAGACUGUGUGCCAGUUACCCUGAGAUGAUUUUGGUGCCGAGUUGGGUCACAGACACAGAGCUAGAGAACGUGGCGGCAUUCCGAUCCUGGAAGAGAAUUCCGGCUGUUGUUUACAGACAUUCGAGCACGGGCGCUGUGAUUGGACGGUGUGGGCAGCCCGAGGUGAGCUGGUGGGGCUGGAGGAAUACAGAUGAUGAGAACUUGAUGCAGUCCAUCGCUAAGGCUUGUGGCAUGGAUGAAGCAGCUGUUAAACAUCUGAGCAAUGGUUCCUGUGUCCACAGCAGCUCAGAUCCAGACAUAACUAAUGGCAAUGAGGAAGUGGAGCCAAACACCCCGCCUCCUCAAAAGCUACUGAUACUGGAUGCGAGGUCAUACGCUGCUGCUGUGGCCAAUCGAGCCAAAGGAGGAGGCUGUGAAUGCCCAGAGUACUACCCAAACUGUGAGGUGAUGUUCAUGGGCAUGGCCAACAUCCACUCCAUCAGGAGGAGCUUCCAGUGCCUACGGGCUCUCUGUGCACAAGUGCCCGACCCUACCAAUUGGCUGUCUGCUCUAGAAGGCACUAAAUGGCUGCAGCAUCUGUCUCUGCUGCUGAAGGCGUCUCUGCUGGUAGUUAACGCGGUGGAUCGGGACAGCAGACCCGUCCUGGUGCACUGUUCCGAUGGCUGGGAUCGCACGCCGCAGAUAGUGGCUCUGUCCAAACUGCUGCUUGACCCCUACUACAGAACCAUAGAGGGUUUUCAGGUUUUGGUGGAAACCGAGUGGCUGGAUUUCGGUCACAAGUUUGCUGACCGCUGUGGACAUGGGGAAAACGCAGAGGACGUGAACGAGCGCUGUCCCGUCUUCCUGCAGUGGCUGGACUGCGUACACCAGCUGCAGAGGCAGUUUCCCUGCUCUUUUCAGUUCAACGAGGCCUUUCUGGUGAAGCUGGUGCAGCACACCUACUCAUGUCUGUUCGGGACAUUCCUGUGCAACAGCCGGAAAGAGCGAGAGGAGCGAGGCGUACUGGAGAACACCUGCCCCGUCUGGUCUCUGCUUCAGCCAUCUAACCGAGCCUUCCACAACAUCCUGUACUCGCCACACUCAGAGACGGUGCUACACCCGGUAUGCCACGUGAGGAACCUAAUGCUGUGGAGUGCAGUCUACCUGCCAAACUCCGCCCCCUCCUUGCUUUGUGAGGAGUCAUGUGCUUCUUAUUCAACUGCUUCAGCCUCACCUGAAGACACGCCUCCUGGCAGACUGCCAAAGACUCGUUCCUAUGACCACCUGCUGACAGCUUGUGAAGGAACAAAUCUAUCAGCUUCGAACCGUCGCUGCAGCGAUCCUAACCUCAACGAGACGUGGCAGGAGCACCUUCGAUCAGAGGAGCGAACAGCAGAAACGCUACCCAAGGAGAACAUCGAGGAAGCAGCCUGUUGUAAUACACAUCGUCCUGAAAUGACUGGAUUGGACAAGAGGCUUCCAAAUGAGGGAUUAGUCAACGGGGUGGAGCAUGCGGACUCGAAAAUAGAAAACGGGAUUAUUUUAGCAAACCAGGGUGGGGAUGCCUCACCAGUAGUAAGCACACCCUGUCUAACUGAGCUGUCCGACGAGGUGCCUGAACAGAAUGGUGAGGAUUCAGUGUGUGACGAAGGGCUAAGACAUUCCGCGAGGGAAUCGGUCGCCUCUCCGACGCCUCAAUCAGGACACGGCCAGGAAUGUUUAUCUGCUAUAGAGCCUCUUUGUUUAGAUAAUAACCUUAAAUCUCACCCCGCUUCUCCAGACGAAGAAUCUACAGAACCAUUAAACACACCCUGUUCACUCCACUCACCUUCACAGCCCCUGUCCCCGAAGCCGAGCAGUGACAGUUCUGCGAGUGAAGAUCCUCGCAUUAAUGGCUCCGUUUCACAGAAAUCCCUGAGCCGCCAGACGUCCGUAGCGAGUGCUGGGUCUCUACAGCUGGGCUGUCCCGGGCGAAUGGCGGCUCAGAGCGCUCACUUGGGCGAGGACGGGCUCAGCAUGCACAGGGACGCCGUACAGGUGCGACUCAGGCAGAUGGAGGCGGGACAUCAGCUGCAGGUGGAGACGCUGAAAAGGCAGGUGCAGGCGCUGUGGAACAAGCUGCACGUCAGUGGAGAGCUGACUCCUGUGCCAGACGGGGAGAAUAACGUGGAGGGUGUGCAUCUGUCUCACUGUGGCACCGAGCUCUUCCCCGAGAGCAGCUGGGAAAAUGAGGAUCAGCACGACAAACAGGUCCCUCGGUGGUAUCCCGAUCACCUUCCUACACACUGCUACAGAUGUGAGAGCAAGUUCUGGCUAGCUGCUAGAAAACAGCAGUGCAGUGCCAGAGAACCUGUUGAGGAAGCCUGGAAUUGUGGGAAUGUGUUCUGCGCCAGCUGCUGUGACCACAAAGCAACGAAUCAGCAGUUGUACGAACCUAACCGUGUGUGCCAGGCCUGUUACGGGCACCUCCGCCCAUCGGCUGUGCCCCCUGUGCUGCCUCCUGCUGACCUGGAGCUGGAGAAACCCAUCACAGCCAGUUCCAACUGAACAGAACAUGCUGAUCAACGACUCUAUCGUCCUCUAGGAACCUUAACCAAAUCAGCUUCACGUGAGAAGAUUAGAUUAGACUUAGUAGAACUUCCAACACCGAAAAACUGGAGGUUUAAAUCCCAAAACUAAGGCAUCAAAUAAUUAACAUAAUUUAUUAUUAAUGUUAGAAGUGGUCGUCUCUCCGCCAUGUGGAUUCUAGAUUAAUGUUAAGCUGUGCAAAAAAAAAACAACAAAAACAAACAAACCCCACAGGCCUUUAUAUAUGCAGUGCUACAUCAUAUAAAGCCAUGUGGAAUUCUAGAGAACGACUAUCUGUGCUCAUGUGAAUAGCAGAUGUGUGUAUAUAAUGCCAUGUACAGUCCAAAAAGAGCACAGUGUAUAUGCUGAAAUUAAAAUCUUUCAAUCUGAGUAAUGAAGCACUUUUUGAAGCCUUUUUGGAUUUUUUUUUUUUGCUGGACUGCUGGAUGAACUGAAUACACAGCAAACCCCUGAGAGAUGAACAGAUCACACCUUUUGGCUCGCUGAUAAAUGUCGCAGAUAUUGUCACGUUUAUUCGCUGCCGAUAGAAAACAAGAUUGUGUGUGUGUACUGGUAAAAACUCUAACUUCCUCCUCUCUCUCUCUCGCUCUCUCUCUCUUCCUGUACUGCUGCUGCUGCUGCUUUUGGAGUCUUUGAAGCUCUGAAACAUAUAAGUGAAUAAAAUAAAAGCACAACACACUGCCAAGCCAAA